CCGACUUUGCGACUUUGGAGGACACGUAGUCUGCUGUGCAUCGUGGCAAUAGACACCGAGAAGUUGACAACUAUCUGUCUGUAAUAAGGCAAGACCAGUGUACAAUUUUUAAAAUAAUUCGGAGCGGCCCAGCUUUUUGUUGCUGCUGUAGGCCUAUUCUGAGAUGUUUUGACAUUUCCGAGUUUCAACCUACGGCUCAGUUCGGCUUGGUACGAGGAAGAGAAAUGAACGCGCCUCCUUUCUCCGGGCUCUACUAGUGUGAUGCAUUUGCUCCAAAGGAAUGCGAUUGCUAACUUUUUGUUCAGGGCAAAUUACCUAGAUCAGAUUGUGUGAAAAUACCCAGAAGAGAUCUUCCCAGUUCAGAGACACAGUAAGGAUUGGAUAUUUACUGAAGCUGUCUGGGCAUCAGCCAUGUCAUCCAUAGACCCCUACCAGUACAUUAUUGUGGAGCAGCAGUACUCCCACAAGUACAAAGUCACAGUGUUGCGGGCUGAGAACGUCACCAAAGGAGCUAUUGGUGACCUCUUGGACACCCCAGACCCCUACGUGGAGCUGUUCAUCCCCACAGCUCCAGAGAGCAGGAAGAAGACUCGGCAUAUAGACAACGACAUCAACCCAGAAUGGAAGGAGACCUUUACCUUCAUCCUGGACCCCAACCAGGAGAACAUUCUGAAGAUCACCUUGAUGGAUGCCAACUACGUGAUGGAUGAGACUCUUGGCUCAGUCACGUACGAAAUUGCCAAACUCAAAGUGGGACAGACGGAGACGGUGCCUUUCUCCAUUGGCAAGACAACCAAAGUGUACUUGGAGAUGUCACUGGAAGUCUGCUCGGACCUGGACCUGCGCUUCAGCCUCGCCCUGUGCGAUAAGGAGAAGCUGUUCCGCCAGACGCGCCGCGAGAAGGUCAUGCUGGGGAUCAAGAAGCUGCUGAACAUGGAGAAACCAAGCUACCUGCCCAGCUCACCGAACGAGGUGCCGGUGAUCGCCGUGGUGGGCUCGGGCGGGGGCUUCAGGGCCAUGGUGGGCUUCUCCGGGGUGAUGAAGGCCCUGUACGAGUCCGGCGUCCUGGACUGCACCACCUACAUCGCCGGCCUCUCCGGCUCCACCUGGUACAUGUCCACGCUGUACUCUCACCCGGAGUUCCCCAGCAGAGGCCCGGAGCAGAUCAACCAGGAGCUGAUGCGCAGUGUGAGCAGUAACCCCCUGCGGCUGCUGCUGCCCCAGCACGUCACCAACUACAUCCAGGCGCUCUGGGCCAAGAAGGCGCAGGGCCAGCCGGUCACCUUCGCCGACAUCUUUGGCAUGCUCAUCGGCGAGACGCUCAUCCCCGCGAGGAUGGACACCAAGUUGAGUGAGAUGCAGGAGAAGGUAGCUGACGCACAGUGUCCCCUUCCCCUCUUCACCUGCCUGCAUGUCAAACCUGACGUGUCCGAGCUCAUGUUUGCAGAUUGGGUAGAGUUUAGUCCAUAUGAGAUUGGCAUGGCCAAAUAUGGAACAUUCAUGACACCUGACCUUUUCGGUAGCAAGUUCUUCAUGGGAACUGCAGUCAAGAAGUAUGAGGAGAAUCCACUACAUUUUCUAAUGGGAAUAUGGGGUAGUGCCUUCUCCAUUCUCUUCAACAGGGUGCUGGGAGUCAAGGACACAGGACCAAGUGGUAGUACUAUGGAGGAGGAACUGGAACAGAUCAGGCCUGCGGACAUCGUGGGAGCAGACAACCUGGACAAUGACGACGAGCCCCGCAGAGGGGGCUCAGAGAGCAGGGAUGCGGAGGAGGAGUUCCACCAGCGCGCUCAGGCCAGCUGGGUCCAGCGCAUGGUCACCUCCAUCUUCAGCGACUCGUCGCUCUUCAACACGCGCGAGGGCCGCGCCGGCAAGGUGCACAACUUCAUGCUGGGCCUCAACCUCAACACCUCCAUGCCCUUCUCGCCCUUCAGCGACUACAUGUACCCACAGGUGGCCGAGGAGGAGGUCGACGCCGUCACAGACCCAGACGAGUUUGACCGCAUCUAUGAGCCGCUGGAUGUGAAGAGUAAGAAGAUCCACGUGGUGGACAGUGGCCUGACCUACAACCUGCCGUACCCGCUUAUCCUGCGCCCACAGCGGGGAGUCGACCUCAUCAUCUCCUUCGACUUUUCCGCCCGGCCCAGCGACUCCAGCCCGCCCUUCAAGGAGCUGUUGCUGGCAGAGAAAUGGGCUCGCAUGAAUAAACUGCCCUUCCCCAAAAUCGACCCCAAAGUGUUUGACCGUGAGGGUCUGAAAGAGUGCUACGUCUUCAAGCCCAACAAGGACGACAAGAACUGCCCCACUGUGAUACACUUUGUGUUGGUCAACAUCAACUUCAGGACGUUCAAAGCCCCUGGAGUUCCAAGAGAGACGGAGAAGGAUAAGGAGUUUGCCGAUUUUGACAUCUUCGAUGACCCCAACACACCUUACUCCACGUUCAACUUCCAGUAUCCAAACCAUGCCUUCCAGCAGCUGCACGACCUAAUGGAGUUCAACACGCUCAACAACAUUGAGGUUAUCAAAGAGGCAAUAAAGGACAGUGUUGUGUACCGCAAAGAGAACCCGGCGCGAUGUUCCGUCUCCCUCUCGCUGAACGAGAUCCAGAACAAGAAGUUCCUGAAGAGGGACACCCGAGCAACAGCGCGCAAGUGAAGGCCUCUGGUGGUGACCGCAGUGACCACGCGUGACCUCCCAUAACUCUCGUGACCUUCUCCAGACUAAUCAGAGGAGAAGGAUUUGGGGCAAAUGUCCUGCUGGUCAUUCCGGUUCUCUUCAUUCUGGAGGAUUUUCUCAGCUGAUCACAGAGCGAUUCUUCUUCGGGCAGCCAAGCCAUUCAUCACUGUGUUACAGGAAGGGCAUCCCUGGUGAACUCUCAACCCCCAGCCUCCCACCUCCAUCUUUGAGCAACAUCUUGAACUCUUCUGUCACCUGAGACCGUGUUUGGAUUCAGACCAUGCGUGGGCUGAGGAAGUUGGAGUUUCCACAUUUUCACAUACUCAAAGAAAGUCUUGACUGUGGAACUGUAGCAAUGGAUUAAGACUGGAAAUACACACACACACACACACACACACACACACACACACAAACACAACGUUGAAUUUGCGUCAUUUUCUGGGGUGUGGGAUGUUAGGAAUCCUAUCAAGUGUAGGAAAUUUAAAGAUGUCCACUCAUGUUGAUGCAAUUUGGCCGGACGUAAACAAAACUCAAUCUCUCACUUUCCAUCUGUUUUAUCUGAAUAGCCUCAUCAACUAAGUUCAGACCUAGUUUUGUUUGGCUUCAUGUCACUUUCAAGGAGUCUGUAAGCAUUCAUGAGUGUAUACGAGGGCACCAACCUGCCUUCAGCAUGUGUGAACUGAAGGGGAAGCUCUGCAGUGGAUACUAUGGGCCUGGCUGAAGCAGAAGUUUCAAAAUGCAACCGUGUCCUCGAGACAUCCUCAAAUCAUCUCAGCCGUGUUUAUGAAAGACAGGGAGUGGUUUGAGAGUGGCUUUACUUGCGCAACAAAAAAACAUGGUGGUGAAACCAUGGAAACCGUGGUGUUUGCCUUUCAUUCAUUUGCCCUUUUCCUAUCUCUCGCUCUCUCUUUCUUGCUCUGCCUCUAUUGUAAGUCUUACGUUGGAAGGUGCUUUGCUUGGCCUUGUCUUUGUUAUUACAGGCGGAACGUUCCUGCUUUGUCAUUUCCUAAUUGAAAGACCCCAACAGUCACCAUUUAGACAGCAAGAGGAAGAGAACUGAAAGUGUGAGAGAGAUAUGAAUGUUUCCGUUUUUUUGCUGGUUUCUUACAGUAUACUGUAUAUAGGCUACUUGAUGUUGGUGCGUGGGUGUGUGUGUGUGUGUGUGUGUGUCUUCACAGUAAGUGCAUGUACAAUACAUAUUGUGUGCGUGUGUGUGUGUUUGUGUGUGUGUGUGUGUGUGUAGGCCGUGGUAAUGGAAACCCUCCCCUUGGGCACUUUCAGUGGAAUCUUAGGAAUGUGGCCUUUUCUCCUCCCUCACCUGUGCCUGCAUCAGCUUAUGGAAUAUCACAGCACCCUUUGCCUUACAGAGUUCACGUGACCGCAUACAUACAUACACAUAAGUGUAUACAUACAGUACAUACAUGCACGUGCAUAGAUAAACAUACUGUACAGUAUGUGAUUUGGGGGUGUAAGGGAAAGGUAUUCAACUCAUUUGAUGCAGAAGUUUAAAUUAUUUCAGGCCUUUGAAUGAUGCACGGAGUCAUGUGUCAUUCCCACUUGUUGCACAAUGUGUCUAAUACAUAUACAGUACUUGUUGUAUGUAUUUGGGCUAUAGCUGACUUUGUAAGCUGCCACUGUGGUGCCGCUGUACUGCCAUUGAUAUCCUUGUUAAAGAAAUAUUUGGAUGCAAAGACUAAUAUUAUGAGCUCACAGCAAGAUUCAUCCAAGACUUGGGAACACUUUGUUACAUAGUCUUUUUGUACUGUAUCUACAGUAUACCAGAAAGUGUGCCACCCCUUAUCCAGAGUUUCAUACGAGUAUCUAUGUCAUUACACUAUGUCUCAUAAUGUUACACUGUAUCUGAUAGUAGUUACAUUGUAACUCUGCCUAAAGGAAAAGUGUAACCAAAAAGGCUUACUGGAAACUCACCUGUUCAAUGUCCCUUUUGGAUAAUGUUUUCUUUCUUUUAUAGUUGGAAUAAAACAGACAUUAGACAUUUCUUUGCUUUUUUAAAUUAGUAAGGCACUAAUAUUUUAUUUUAUUUUAUUUUAUUAUUAUAAUUAUUAUUAGCUAAUUGAUACUGUGUGUACAUUCAAUGAUAGUAAUAGGAGUAGGAGUAAUAUUGGUAAUAGUAAUUUGACAGAUAUUCAACUGGUAUUAUGAAAUAAUAAAUGUUUAAUAAUAAAAACACUGAGCAAA